GUAUCGCGUCAUCCAUCUUUGUCUCGUAAACAUCCCUCUGAUGGAUUAUUUUUCCACUUCUCGCGUAUUAUUUCCCCUUACCUCGACGUAGGUGAUAUUAAGCUGUUCGAUUGAUCGCAUAUCUCGUCUCAAGAAUUCGCUUUUCCAGAAUAACAUUCUCGAGACAAUUGAACUUGAGGAGCAAUGAGCAAGAAGGAGAUGAUGAUCGACUUCCAGGACAAUAUGAUACUGCUUACGCGGAAGUAUUUGAAGCGGAGAAUAAUGUGUCCCGAGACCAAGUUCCGGCAUCAUGCUAAAGAGCGGCUACACCUGCUGGAACUGGUGAAGUGUACUAUUGACAUGGGUGAGAGCAACUCGGCCUUAUUAAUCGGACCUAGAGGCAGUGGAAAAACAACGCUCGUCAAUAGCGUCCUAAAAGAAUUAUUCGCUAUAAAGAGAUUUAAAGAUAACGCACUAGUGGUAAAUCUCAACGGUAUAGUUCACGUCGAUGAUCGUUUAGCCCUGAAGGAUAUAACUCGUCAGAUGCAGCUAGAGAACGUAGUGGGCGAUAAGGUUUUCGGCGCGUUCUCGGAAAACCUAAAUUUCCUCUUAGACUGUCUAAAAUCGGGCGACAAAAAGCGCUCGAAACCGAUCAUCUUUGUGCUUGACGAAUUCGAUCUAUUCUGUGGACAUCACAAGCAGACAUUGUUGUACAAUCUCUUUGACGUUGCUCAAUCGGCGCAAGUGCCGAUAUGCGUGUUAGGAAUAACGAGCAGAUUGGACGUGACGGAAUUGCUGGAGAAGCGAGUCAAGUCACGAUUCUCGCAUCGCCUGAUAUUCCUGUUCCCGGGCGACACGUCGUCCUCGGAGGAGUCCGCGUCCGCGUUCGACGAUCGCCUGGAACUCUUUCGAGAUCUCCUCAGCUUACCCGACGACGAGAACGUGAACAAAGUGGAGCAGCAGUACGACGACUGCACAAUCGAGCCGCAAUUUGGCUCCAUGUGGAAUGAAUACGUCAAGACUCUGACCGCCAACGUCACGAUGGUCAACUUGCUGAAGAGGAUGUACCACAUUGACGUGAGCGAGAGGAGCUUCCGAAAUUUCCUCGCGUUGGUCGUCUCGAUGUUGUCCGAGAAGCAUCAGAAACUGGAAGUGAACGACUUCGUAGAGGCGAGCAAAAUUUUUAUGCAGGACGACAAGUUGUUGAUGCUCGAGGGAUUGUCCAUUUUGGAGAUAUGUCUGAUAAUAUCGAUGAAGCAUGAGACGGAAAUUUACGACGGCGAACCGCUGACUUUCGAGAGGAUCUACAACCGUUACGCCAAGUUUGUCAAUCAGAAUUCCUCCAUACAGUCUGUCCAGAAGCCGGUUAUCAUGAAAGCCUUCGAGCGCAUCAAGAACUUGGAAAUUGUGAUACCAAUGGGAAAAAACACGAAGAAGUGCGAGAAGGAGUACCAGUAUUACAAAUUCACGAUGACACCUCAGCAAGUUAUGGAGGUUGUCAAAACAUAUCCAGGUCUUCCCACGGAAGUUGCUCAGUGGGCGUCAAGCAGUAUAUAAUGACGAUUGCAAGCUGGUGUGCGAUCUAUUGUGUUCCAUAAGACUAUAGCUAGCGUGUUUUAGCCGUGUUCUAGUAGAACGAAUAUAGAUAUUGCAGCAUUUCGUAUUAUUACUGAUAGAUAAAAUACUUCGAACUAUUUACAGUAGUGUGGACGAGUCAACGGUAUGUUAAUUUUCUGACAUAUAUUUUUUUCGUGUUAAGUGCAAGGGUGGUUCAAACUUGAAUUUGAAUUUAAUCAUAACUGUUUUAUACUUGAACUCCCCUCAAAUUAUUAAUAAUUAAGCUCUCUUUUAUUUUUAUUUUCUCUUUACAUUCACGAUAUCCGUAAAAGAGUGAAACAUAUUAUACAAAAAAAAA